CCUCCGCCAGAAAGCCAGUCCGAUGCAGCCGGAUUUGGGGAAGGUGGAGGAGGUCCGAGUGAUACGGGAUCGGGAAGUGGCGGUUCUGGUGGUUUUGGCCUGUUCAACAUGUUCGGUUCUAACUCGAACAACUCAUCUUCAGACUCUUCCGCUGCUAGCAAUUCAUCCACAAGUGGUUCCGUGGUUGAUCUGGGUAUCCGAUCGCUUAAAGAUGACGCGUUGAGAGAUGAGGAGCCCAAGUAUGCAGCUGGGUAUCGUCGACAAGAAGGGGAUUGA